UCGCCACGCGGUGUCGAUGCUUUAUCUAAAUUACUUUUACAUGUCACAAUGUACAUAUGUACAUACUUUUUAACGUGACUUGUAAAAUAAAUUGUAAAAUUCAGAUAACAAUGAACUUACAUAAAUUCUGUAACUGUUAGUCAUAAAUAAUCAUGCAGUAAAGAGCAUUUAUGAUAUAAUCAAAGUAUAACAGGAAAACGAUAUCUGAAGUAGUAGGCUGAAGGAAAAAUAUCGUUACAUAUUUCGUGUUUUUCGAAUGCGUUUGAAAUUUGAGUUUCCAAAAUGCGCUGUUAUCAUUGAUCGAAUUUAUAUUUAAUGUGCAUCAUUAUAUAACAAGUUAGGACGAAGGUUAAGCAGAGGUCAUCUUAAGUGCUUUCUUAUAUUCUAAGUCUAAAAUAACGAAAAAAUAUGCCAGGAGACAUUGACCAUACAGGGCCGCUCAUUGGGGCAAUAGAUGAAGGAACGAGUAGCGCUCGGUUCUUAGUAUUUGAUGUAUUACACAGAAACGUGAUAGCUUCGCAUCAAAUUGAAAUCACUCAGAAAUAUCCACAAGAAGGAUGGGUGGAACAGGACCCAAAGGAGAUUUUACAUGCUGUGAUAAAUUGUAUAAAAAAGACCAUGGAAAAGCUAAGCAAUUUAGGUUUAAGCGCAUCAGACAUAAAAUCGGUAGGAAUUACCAACCAACGAGAGACAACUUUAUUAUGGGAUAAGGAUACAGGAGAACCAUUACAUAAUGCACUUGUUUGGCAUGAUAUGAGGACAACUACAACAUUAGAAGAUAUAUUGGAUAGUAUACCUAAUAAAACAAGGAACAAAAAUUAUUUAAAACCACUCUGUGGACUACCAAUGUCACCAUAUUUUAGUGCUCUUAAAAUACGAUGGCUUAUUGAUAACAUACCACGUGUGAAACAGUCAGUAGAUGCAGAAAAAUGUAUAUUUGGAACAGUGGACACAUGGCUCAUCUGGAAUUUGACAAAAGGAAAAUUGCAUAUGACCGAUGUUUCAAAUGCAUCCCGUACUAUGCUAAUGAAUAUUGAAACUUUGAAAUGGGAUCCUUUACUAUGUCGAUUUUUUGGAAUUCCACAACACAUUCUCCCUGAAAUAAGGUCCAGUGCCGAAGUCUAUGGAUAUAUUUCAAAUCCUGAAAUUCUUUCAGGUGUACCUAUAGCAGGGUGUGUUGGUGACCAACAAGGAGCCCUGCUUGGUCAGCUAUGUUUAAAGCCUGGACAAGCAAAAGCUACUUAUGGAACUGGUUGUUUCUUACUGUACAAUACUGGAAGUGUUAAAGUAGAUUCAAAUCAGGGUCUUAUAACAACUAUUGCAUACAAAAUGGGCAAAUCACCAGCAGUUUAUGCUUUAGAAGGCUCUGUUGCUGUGGCCGGAGCAGCGUUGUCCUGGUUGCGCGAUAAUAUGCAACUUUUCAGUAACAUUUCAGAGUGUCAAGAAAUGGCAGAGCGUGGAAAGACUUCAGGAGAGGUAUAUUUUGUUCCUGCAUUUUCUGGCUUGUAUGCACCAUAUUGGCAACAAGAUGCACGAGGGGUAAUUUGUGGUAUCACAGAAGAUACACAGGAUGAUCAUAUUGUAAGGGCAACUUUGGAAGCUGUUUGCUUCCAAACAAGAGAUAUUUUAGAAGCUAUGGUAAAAGAUUCUGGAACAAAAGUGACUACAUUACUAGUCGAUGGCGGCAUGACUGUAAAUAAUUUACUCAUGCAACUACAAGCUGAUAUUACUGGAAUAAGUGUUGUGAGGCCUAAUAUGGUGGAAACAACAGCAUUAGGUGCAGCUAUAUUAGCUGGUGUAGGUGUCGGCAUCAUUGAUAUUAACGACGUAGAUGCAUCACAGGUUACGAAAUUCUCACCUUCAAUCGGAGAAGAUGAACGGGAUUUGAAAUAUUCUACAUGGAAAAUGGCUGUAGAAAGAUCAAUGAAAUGGGAUACUUCCUCCUCUUCGUUUGAUAAAUAACUUGAAGAUGAAAUGGAUUAUUAAAAUGGAUACAAGUACAAUUUACAUUUAGAAUAUAUGAAACUGUAUUUGGAAUAUAUGUGUGUGCAUGACUAAAGCAUGAAAUGCUGUAGUAUGUGAACGCGAUACUAAGACGCAAAUAAGGGGCGCAACAUCAUGUAUGUAAUACACAAUACUCCAAAUGUUAGAAUAUUAUGAAAUAAUAGAAUGAAAGUAGUAUUUAACGUUUCAAAGUGUUAUUUAUGCUUUAUUGAUUAUGGUGUACUGUUACAAAAGUUGUUAUUUAGUAUUAAAGAAUGUUAUUGUUUUAUGAA